AUGGGACAUGAGGAGCAUGGAGGGACUUGGCACAUGGACGCAGCUCAACUGGAUACGCAAAGGAAGAAGGGAGAAGCCAUCUUGAAGACCAGCUCGACCGUCUACUCGACCAACCGGUCGAGUUCCUCAACUCGACCGGCCAAGCUUCAACUCGAUCGAGCUGAGAAGUCAACAGUCAAACCCGAAAAAUGUUGCUUCCCCCUUGACUUUCCUUUGACCCUAAACCUAAAACCUCUUGUGUAUGCGAACUCGAUCGAGUCGGUCAACAGAGACUUGGUCGAGCUAGACAUCACAACGGAGGGAAUGGAAACCCUUUGGGUAAUGGACUCGGUCGAGCUAGGCAAACUCGACCGAUUGGUCAAGGAGAUGCUCCAAACCGCCACCAACAGAGACAAGGGAUUGUUCCACCACCAGUGCAGAACCACAACUUUGAGAUCAAGCUGGGAAUGA